AUGGAUCAUCUAAAGAACAUCUGGGCAGAGUAUGGCAACUCACCCGCUGCUCUCACAAUCCUCGGUGUCAACCUCACACUUUGCGUCACGAUCUCUCUGCUGCUGCUCCCAAGCAAAAAUGGUGAUUCACUAGAAAUAUCCCAGUUAUAUGUUUAUCCUGUGAAAGCUCUUCGGGGUAGCGCACUGCAAAAGGCACAUAUUGGCCAGUAUGGAAUGGUCGGUGACCGAACCUUCUCCUUGCAAAGAGUGCACCGAGAUGCGGAUAACCCCGAAAAACCCCCCAGGUACGAGACCAUGCUGGCAGGGUACUAUCUACAACUGGCACUGUUUCGGGCCACCAUCGAACAUGAACGGAAUCGGGAGAAUUCCGUCGAUGGCCAGGUAGUCGUCACUUGGUGCGGUCGAAACACAGAAUUCGAUACGGCCAAAGAUAUCACUACUCCUGACAAAAUCCAAUUCCCCUUGAAACCCGACGUCGCCGGCCGCAAAUCCUUCGAAACAAGCCUUCACGGCAGCAUAGCCAUGGCAUUCGACAUGGGAGAUGAGCUCAGUCAAUGGUUUUCUGACCGUACGGGGAUGGAAAUCAGACUCGUCUUCAUUGGGGAUGGUUCUCGGCCCGUGUUGGGACCGACAAUGGCUCCCAACAGCAAGGGUGGCCUGAGCAAACGACGAAUUCUGGACCGAGUCAAGGGAUUUCUCCCAUUCUACACAUUUCCGGCGGAGCGACUAGUAUUCAACGAUAUUGCCCAUUAUUUGGUUGUCACCGAGGAAUCCAAUGAUGCCUUGACAGCCAAGCUCAAAGAUGGCUGUGAAAUGGACGUGACAAAAUUCCGACCAAACAUUGUUCUGAAAGGUGCCUCGGCCCCCUGGGUAGAGGACUACUGGGGUGAAGUCACCUUUGACGGAGGGAUUCAGAUGCCUCUUAUGGCAAACUGCUAUCGGUGCCAGAGUAUCACGGUCGACUAUGACACAGGAAAAACAGCUACAGAUGAUCGCGGAAUGGCAUGGAAGAAGCUCAAUAAGGAUCGACGAGUAGAUAAGGGAGCAAAAUACAGCCCAGUCUUUGGAAGAUACGGCUACUGCUUCGGAUCAUCGACUGGAAAGACGGUGGAAAUUGGCCAGAAGGGCAAAGUCACUCACAUAAAUAAACGGAGAACGACUUUUGACUGGCCCCAUCUUACAGGCUUUGGAUUGACCCAAUAA